AUGAUGUCCUAUGCAGAAAGGCUGGGGGGGCCAACUGUCUCCCCACUUCCGGUCCGGGGGGGCCAUGUGCUGCACAGACCAGCCUUUGCCUAUGUGCCCAGCCCACAGGUCCUCCACAGGAUCCCAGGGACAUCGGCCUACGCCUUCCCCAGCCUGGGCCCAGUGGCCCUCACGGAGCACAGCUGUCCCUACGGAGAGGGUCUGGAGCGCCAUGACCCAUUCCCGGCCAAGCUGGCCCUGGAAGAUGAGCAGAAGCCAGAGCCCCAGCUAGCCCAGAAGCUCCGCCAGGCCCUCGCCACCCUCCUCAAGGUACCACUCAUGCUGCUCUUGCUCUACCUGUUUGUCUGCUCUCUGGAUGUGCUCAGCUCCGCCUUCCAGCUGGCUGGAGGGAAAGUAGCUGGUGACAUCUUCAAAGACAAUGCCAUCCUGUCCAACCCGGUGGCCGGGCUGGUGGUGGGCAUUCUGGUGACGGUGUUGGUGCAGAGUUCCAGCACCUCGACGUCCAUCAUUGUCAGCAUGGUCUCCUCGGGCUUGCUGGAGGUGAGCUCCGCCAUCCCCAUCAUCAUGGGCUCCAACAUCGGAACUUCUGUCACCAACACUAUCGUCGCUCUGAUGCAGGCAGGGGAUAGGACUGACUUCCGGCGGGCCUUCGCGGGGGCCACAGUGCACGACUGCUUUAACUGGCUGUCCGUUCUGGUUCUGCUGCCCCUGGAGGCGGCCACCAGCUACCUGGACCACAUCACCAGACUUGUGGUGGCCUCCUUCAACAUCCGUGGAGGCAGAGAUGCCCCGGACCUGCUCAAGAUUAUCACAGAGCCCUUCACAAAGCUCAUCAUCCAGCUGAACAAGUCAGUGAUCACCAGCAUUGCCACAGGAGACGAGACUCUAAGGAACCACAGCCUCAUUCGGAUCUGGUGCCAUCCAGACACAAUCGAGGCUUCCACGUCCAUGUCCAGGGUGGAAGCCAACUCCAGCCAGUCCCUGAGAAAUGUCACCAUGGAGAAAUGCAAACACAUCUUCGUGGAUACUGGGCUGCCCGACCUGGCCGUGGGCCUCAUCCUGCUAGCUGGUUCUCUGGUGGUGCUGUGCACCUGCCUUAUUCUCGUUGUCAAGAUGCUCAACUCCAUGCUCAAGGGCCAGGUGGCCAAGGUCAUCCAGAAGGUCAUCAACACAGACUUGCCUGCCCCGUUCACCUGGGUCACGGGCUACUUUGCCAUGGUGGUGGGUGCGGGUAUGACCUUCGUGGUUCAGAGCAGCUCGGUUUUCACCUCGGCCAUCACCCCGCUCAUCGGCCUGGGUGUGAUCAGCAUCGAGCGGGCCUACCCCCUCACCCUGGGCUCCAACAUCGGAACCACCACCACCGCCAUCUUAGCAGCGCUGGCUAGCCCCAGGGAGAAACUGUCCAGCUCUUUCCAGAUCGCUCUGUGCCAUUUCUUCUUCAACAUCUCCGGCAUCCUGCUGUGGUACCCGCUGCCCUGCAUGCGUCUACCCAUCCGCAUGGCCAAGGCCCUGGGCAAACUCACCGCCAAGUACCGCUGGUUUGCAGUCCUCUACCUCCUCGUGUGCUUCCUCCUCCUGCCCUCGCUGGUCUUCGGUAUCUCCAUGGCGGGCUGGUUGGCCAUGGUAGGUGUGGGCGCGCCCUUCGGGGCCCUGCUGGCUUUCGUGGUGCUUGUCAACAUCCUCCAGAACCGGAGUCCUGGGCGUCUGCCCAAGUGGCUGCAGAGCUGGGACUUCCUUCCUGUCUGGAUGCAUUCCCUGCAGCCUCUCGACCGCCUCAUCACCCGGGCCACCUUGUGCUAUGCCAGACCCGAGCCCCGCUCGCCGCAGCUGCCCACCAGGGUCUUCCUGGAGGAACACCCCCCUGCCACCCCCUCCCCCCGCCUGGCCAUGCCCGCUCACCACAGUACCACCCGCCUCUAGGCUGCCAGGCAAGGCGAUCACCCGGACGAGAGAAGGGCCUGGGCGUGGAGCUCAUGGCGGAAAGGCAGAGGCGGGCUAUGAGUGUGUGUGCAUGCGUGUGUGUACGCAUGGGUGCCAGCCUGGGCGCCUGUCCUGGUGCAGACCACAACAUCAUCUGAGCAUGUGUCAUGGAGUCCUGCAUGCACGCAUGCAUCAACUGGGCGGUUCUGAGGGCCCCCCCCCAUGUGUAGAAGUCUGCAUUUGUGCUUACACACCUGUCAGCCCGUGCGUAGGAGCUGGGUGCAAGUUGCUGGGUCCUCGGCACAUGCGUGAUGAGACCUGUGCGUGUGGCCUUGCGUGCACAAGACUCAGGUGGGCAGGGGAAAAGCUGAAUGGGGCCGGGUAGCUGUUGGCUUGUGUUCAGAGGUGGCUACCCAAGUCCCGGACUGAACUCCACGCUCUCCUGCCAGAUUCCUUCCUCCAUGACGCCCUUCUCCUGCUUACCCAGGUUAUGGCCUCUGUCCCUCCCCAACCCCUGAUAAUGAAAGGAAUUAAACUCGAGAGACACUUGGAA